UAUUUGCAACGGCAAUUAUUUGAAUAUUAACGCUAUGUUUUGUUCGUUAUAUUGAGUCGAAAAAUAAAGCAGCAUGCAAAUUGCGUAAUUUAACAUCACAUUUUCGAAAGAGGUGAAGGACUCGACUUGGUACUUGCGUGAAUAAGUUCAUUUCUUAAAAAAUCUCCGGAUUAACAGUUAUUAAUUAGUCCGGAAGGUGACCAAGAAGUUGAUCUAUUGAGAGCAUUUGUUUUCGUGAUUUUCGGUUUGUUUGUUGAAGUUCAUUAAAUUGUUUUGAUGGAAGUUCAACAUCAUAUCCAGAUAGAGAGGCCUCUGUAUGAGCAUGAGACAUUGAGGCGGGAUUAUAAUUACAAGAAAUCGAAUAAACUGAGUAAUGAAAACUCUUGCUGCAAUUGUAACUUGAAUCGCUUGAAGAAAACUAUCAAAGGAGUAUUCCCAAUUUUAGAAUGGCUUCCGAAAUACAAAUGGAAAGAGGAAUUCAUCAAAGAUUUUAUAGCAGGCAUUACAGUUGCUAUUAUGCAUAUACCACAAGGAAUUGGAUAUGGUAUGUUAGGUAACGUACCACCAGUGGUUGGAAUUUAUAUGGCAUUCUUUCCUGUAUUCAUUUAUUUUGUACUUGGAACUUCUAGACAUAAUUCAAUGGGAACUUUCGCAAUUGUUUGCCUAAUGACUGGAAGAGCAGUGUUAGAGUAUAGUGAUCCCGCAUAUCUUAGGCAUCUCAAUAUUGAAAAUAAAGUUGCAAACGAUUCAACAAUACAUCAAAUGGUUACGUAUUCGUAUACUCCGAUACAAGUAGCCACAACAGUGACAUUUACAGUUGGUUUGUUUCAGUUGGUACUUCAUGUUUUUCGAUUAGGUUGCGUAACAGCCUUAUUAUCGGAAUCCCUUGUUAGUGGAUUUACCACUGCAGCUGCCUUCACGGUGGUUACAACUCAAAUUAAGCAACUUCUUGGUGUAAGGAUACCAAAUCAGAAAGGGUUUUUUCAAGUCAUCAAUAUCUACCGAGCCAUUUAUUACGAAUUGCCCAAUACCAAUAUGAUAGCUUUGAUGAUUUCAGCAAUUACUAUUGUUGUCAACGUUUUCAACAAUGAAGUACUGAAGCCAAAAUUCGCGAAAAUCUCAUCUUUUCCUAUUCCAAUCGAGAUAACGUCCAUCAUAAUCGGAAGUGCUGCAUCUUACAUAUGGAAUUUCGAAGAUAAAUACGACAUAUCGAUUGUUGGUGAUAUUCCAAGUGGUCUGCCAGAACCAGCCUUGCCACCAAUAGGUUUGAUCCAGUCAGUUUUACUGGAAUCAUUUACGAUUUGUAUUGUAUCGUACAGUGUUACUAUGUCUAUGGCUCUCAUUUUUGCCCAGAAGCUGAAUUACGAUAUAGAUGCCAAUCAGGAACUUUUAGCACAGGGAGCGGGUAACAUUUUUGGUUCAUUUUUCUCAUGCAUGCCCUUUGGAGCUUCAUUGUCCCGGACUGUGAUACAGCAAACAGUCGGAGGUAGAACUCAGAUAACAUCUAUGGUAUCCUGCGGACUUCUUCUCAUAAUCCUUCUGUUCAUAGGACCAUUGUUUGAACCACUUCCAAAGUGUGUGCUAUCAUCUAUAAUUGUUGUGGCAUUGAAAGGUAUGCUUAUGCAAGUAACAGAUUUCUUCAGGUUCUUCAAACUGAGUAAACUGGAUGGAAUAGUUUGGCUUGCAACUUUUCUAACAACAAUUAUUGUCAGUAUAGAUUUAGGACUACUGGUUGGAGUUAUAAUGUCUUUGGGAUCAAUAAUGAUUCUCGAGUUCAAACCUUAUAUUUGUUUGCUUGGUCAUAUUCCACAUACUGACUUAUAUUUGGACACCAACAAAUAUAACACUGCUAAGGAAAUACCUGGAUUGAAGAUAUUCCAUUACAAUGGUGGUUUGAAUUUCGCAAUGAGAAAUUUAUUCAAGACAGAAUUUUCGAAACAUAUAAAAAUCAACACCCUCAAACAGCUCAACUAUAAGAAAAACUUGACUAAAAUUACAGAAUUGGUGGAAAAAUAUGGAAAAACAGACGAAACUAAGAGAAAAUACGAUAAGAUAUUAACCAAAAUGAACACUAAUAUCAAAGUUAUUAUUCUCGACUUCUCGUCCUUGAGUUAUAUAGACCCAUCAGGAGUUUCUUCACUGAGAGUCCUGGCAGAAAGCUUCCAGAAAAUUGAUAUUCCCAUAUAUGUAGCAGGAAUGUCAGAACCAAACUAUGAAAUUAUGGCAAAAUGUGGACUCUUCCUACAAACAGAAAUAAGAACUUUCGCAAAGAUUCAUGAUGCUGUUUUGUACGCCUCUGAGAAAUUUGGACUGAAUUUGAGAACACAAGUGGAGAAAAUUUAUGGAAGAUAAAUUAUGAUUCCGUCGUUAUUCCAACGAACUGAAUAAUUAAAUUAUUAAUUCUGUAGUCAAAACAUUUGUUGAAGUAUUUGUAUAACUAUUAUUUAAACACUCCCAUCACUUGGGAGCCAUUGUUCAUAGUCAAUGUUGCCAGUUUUGAAAUAAGACUUGAAAAAAAAUCCCUUGAAGACUUACUAAAUAGUGUUAGUGUAAAUUAGAUAUAAGUAUUG